CCACCUCUCUGCUUGUAUCUUUGUGUCGGUCUCUGCAGCCAUGGGUAAUGAUGGAGGAAGUAUCCCGGACAGGAGAGAUCUUGUCCGCACCAAGGCCAAGGCUGAGCAGGCAGACAAGGCGAACCAAGUUCGUGCGAUGUGGUUCUUCUGCGCGCUGUCAAAGCGUCCCUUGCAAGAGCCCGUCGUAUCGUGUCCACUAGGCAAGCUGUACAACAAGGAUGCGCUGCUAGAAUUCCUACUCGAUCGGACGUCUUUCGGAGACGGCGAGGAGAUCUGCGGGCACAUCCGGUCGCUCAAGGACGUCAAGGUCCUGAAGCUCACGCCGAACCCCACCAAGACAACUACUCCCGACAGCUCCUCCGACUCCGCGCCCACCCGCGCGCCCUUCGUCUGCCCCCUGAACCUGAAGGAGAUGAACGGCGUGCAGCCCUUCGUCUACCUCGCUACCUGUGGCUGCGUCUUCUCCCAAGGCGGCCUCAAGGCGGUCUCUCGCUCUGCCAAAACCCCGCCCACAGAGGCCCCCGGCGCCGCCGGAAAGGAGGCAGACUCAGAGCAGGCGAAGGACCUCGACCUGUGCCCGCAAUGCGGCGCAAAGUACGACCGCGCGUCCGACGUGCGCAUGCUCAACCCCCCGGUCGAGGUCGAGGAGCAGAUGCGCGCCGCCAUGGAGGCGCGCCGCGCUGCUGAGCCCGUGAAGACCAAGGGGAAAGGCAAGAAGCGCAAGGCUGCCGCGGACGCCGCCGCCGAGCCCGCGGCGAAGAAACAGGCGCUGCCGUCGACGAACCCGAGCAUCGCGGCGGCGAGCAGGGGCGUCGCGGCGAGCCUUGCGGAGGAGGAGGCGCGGCGGAAGGCGGGGAUGAGCGACGCCGUGAAGUCGCUGUACUCGUCGAGCGACGGCCCGAAGAGGAAGGAGACGUUCAUGACGAUGGGCACCUUCACGAGGUAUGCGUGAUGGGCUCGUGCUCGCACGGUGGCGUAUCGGACCGUUUUCGAGGAUGCUCUGGCUAUGUAUCGUUGUAUUGCUAUCGUGUGUAACCCUACUUACAGUAAUUCUACCCCAUCGUUUCUUCAGC